CUGCAUACAUCUGCUCGACGGCUCCGUAUUAGCCAGUUCCAGUUCCCGGCCAUGUCGCCGACAAUGACAGAGGGUGGGAUCGCAGCUUGGAAGAUCAAGGAGGGUGACCAUUUCUCUGCUGGAGAUCUCUUGUUAGAAAUUGAGACGGACAAGGCGACUAUGGAUGUGGAGGCGCAGGACGAUGGUGUUCUCGGCAAGAUCUUGGUGCCUAAUGGAAGCAAGGGCGUUCCAGUUGGCAAAGUGAUUGCUCUGUUUGCUGAAGACGGAGACGACAUCUCCAACCUGGAGGUGCCGGCAGAGACUGCCGCAGCGGCUCCUGAACCCAAGCCUGAGCCACAGGCUGCGCCCGCUCCCGCACCAAGCUCCCCACCAGCGGCCGCUCAACCGCUGCACAACCAUCCCUACGAGAUUCAGACGACGCAUCCGCUCUUCCCAUCUGUCAUGCGCCUCCUGGAAGAGAACAAGAUCCACGAUGCAUCUCAGAUCAAGGGUACCGGUGUGCGGGGUAUGCUGACCAAGGGCGACGUGCUCUCCUAUCUGGGCAAGGCGAGCACCCCCUUCGGGACCUUCGAAAAGGCGGCUCAGGCAGAGGGCCCGCAGAAGCCUUCCGCGCCGAAGCCAGCAGCGUCAGACGCGACAGAGGCUAAGCAGGUCAAGUCGGAGGUCAAACCGCUCGACGCACUAGGGUUGAGGGCGUUGAUGGCGCAAGGACUAGCAAAUCUGAGCAAGCCCCCGCCGCCACCCCCACAUCGUGAGCCUUCCACUGCAUAG